AGCCCCGCUCGCCCUGGCCGUCAGCAGGCGGACGUCGCGCUCGGAGUCGCUGGGGAGGAGGAGGCGAAGUCGCCGCAACACCAUUUUCGUGGAGCUGAGAUGCUGAGGCAAAGCCCCACGACCCCGUCCUUCCUCUCCGUUUGGAAGGGAGUCUUUCCCCUGCCACUCCUAUCCCGGAGUCACCGGCGUUUGGCCGCAGCCCCCCGCUGCGCUCAGCCCUUUUUGGGGGAAAAUGCACUGAAACGGGAGCUUUGCCAGACCAUGGCUGAUGGUGACCUCUGCCUGGACUCUGAUGGACUCCGACGCAGGACUGCAUUACCAUGGUGAUGAUCUUAACCAAAACCCGGGAAAACAAAGGUGCUGACUCCGUAACAUGCAGGACUGAGCUGCACACUCCAAAGAUGAGUCAAGGACCUACGCUCUUCUCUUGUGGCGUUAUGGAAAAUGACAGAUGGGGAGACCUCGGCAGGAAGUGCCCACUGCAGAUCGAGCAGCCGGGCGCCAGCAUCUGGGACUGCCUGGCGGACAAGGGCGAGGAGGGCUCGCUGUGGCCGCGGGAGGCCACCAGCACCUGCUCGGUGACCAACCUCAUCAAAGACCUCAGCCUCAGCGACCCCCACGGCAACCCCUCGGCGCCCCCCAGCAAGCGCCAGUGCCGCUCGCUCUCCUUUUCGGAUGAAAUGUCCAGCUGCAGGACAUCGUGGAGACCCUUGGGCUCCAAGGUCUGGACGCCGGUGGAGAAGAGGCGGUGUUACAGCGGGGGCAGCGUGCAGCGCUACUCCAACGGCUCCGCCACCAUGCAGAGGAGCUCCAGCUUCAGCCUCCCGUCCCGCUCCCACCCGCUGGCCUCCUCCAGCGACCACCCGGCGCUCGCCAGCCGCCUGGGCUGCCAGGCGAGGAAAACGGGGCCCAGCGGGCCCGCCAGCGACACGUGGAGCCCCGAGGGCGGCCGGGCGGACAUGCAGAGGUCCCUGUCCUGCUCUCACGACCGCUUCUCCUCCUCGGAGCCCGGCCCGCCCUCGGCCAGCAGCACGCCCGCCUCCACGCCGCAGCUGGGCCGCCGCGCCGGAGGGCUGUGCCGCAGCCGCUCGCAGCCCUGCGUCCUCAACGACAAGAAGGUGGGCGUCAAGCGGCGCAGGCCCCAGGAGGCGCAGGAGCAGCGGCCGUCGCUCGACCUGGCCAAGAUGACCCAGAACCGCCAGACUUUCAACAGCCUCAGCUGCCUUAGCACCGCGGCGGAGGACGGCUCCCAGCGGCUCCCCGGUGCCCGGCCAUGGCCCGCGGCCGGCGGCUCCCCGGAGGUGAUGCCGGGCAGGACCCCCGCCUGCACCCCGGUGCCGGAGCCGCGCUCGCGGGGCGAGGAGCGCCGGGCGAGCCGCGACGACCUCUCCUGCGAGGAGUCCGACUGCGGCGCGGCCGAGGACGAGGGCGGAGGGAAGGAGGAGGACGCGGCGCCCUGGCGGGGCGGCGGGGCGGGCGCCGAGAGCCCCUUCCAGCUGGAUGGAGAGCUCGACAUCGAGCAGAUCGAGAACAACUGAGGGCGAGGGGCCGGCAAUUUGGGGUCUGGGGUCGCCAGCACGGCGCGGUGACGUUCUCCCUGGGGUCGGCGGCCUCCUCCCGCCAGCCGCAGGGGACGAAGCAGCUUUGCCAAAAUUUCAUCAGGUAUUUAGAGCAAUUUUGUGCGUGUGUGUGCGUGUGCGCGUGUAGAUCUUGAAAUUCUUUGUAACUACUGUAGCCAGAUAUCAGCUAGUUUGGGCAGACUGCCUGUCGGGCUCUGGAGACGAGGUACGGAGAUCUCCAGAAAACUCCCAGCUCUCUCUUUUGGCCUCCGCCGGUGAGAAAACAACUCGUGCAAAUGUAGAACUGCGGCUGAGGGGUCCGGCCGCCGCCUCCCAGUUCACCCCUGCGCUUGUUUGUCAAGCAAAAGGAAAAAAAAGAACACCACCGGGGCGGGCUGGAAAACUGGGGGGAGGCCC